GGUGUUGCUAUAAAGGUGAGACACAGAGAUAGGGUAAACAUUUGCCUAUACACAGCGAUACUCUCUCUUACCCAUUUACAGGAAGAGCAAAAACUCUCUUGAAGUGAUGGCUCAAAAACAAGUAAUAUGUUUCGCUUUGGUGUUACUAGCAUUUUCAACAUGUUUAGGCAGUGAAGAUGUCUCUUCGAAAUCGGACAAACUGCUAGAACGCAUCGUGGCACUGCUAACAAGAGAUCAGGAAGACAUGGAUACAAGAGGUGUUGCACCAGAUUGUACGCAGAAAGUAAUGGACGUCCAGAUUCAAUGCAGUUCUCAAUACAACGCUAAAAGUACAGGGGGACUCGAAUAUUGUGAAUGGUCCAAGUUAACAAAUAUCGGUUUUAUGGGCUGCUUUUACCAGGGUUGGUACAAAGCCUUCGACACAGUUGGCGCCAAGUGUACCCAGGAGUUCACUAAUGCGAAGGAAAUGAUGGUAAAAUAUUACAACCAUCGUAUGAAGACACACGGCUGCCCAGAGUCUGCGAUGUAGCGGUUUUUUAAGCUUCACAAUAGACCCACAAGAAACUGAAAUCAAGUUGAGCAGUCGCGUGAAAUGCUGAAGAAGUGAGAACAGUAUGACAGUAUAUAUGUGGAAAGUCGUGGAAUUCUAUUUGAUAUCUUCAUGACACAUUUCGUUACGUUGAGCGUUUGCUCGACACAAGAAUGGCAUCCAAAGCCCAUAGUAAAAAUAAAUACUUAUUACAAAUUUAUUUUUCUUAUCGAAGUAACGAUUAGUGUUAGUUCCGGGAACAAAAUGUUUAAGUCGAACCCAUCUUCACAUUUGCUGAUAUGCGCUUCUUCCAUCAUUUAUGUUUUGUAUCGCGGCAAUAUAUUUAGGAACCGAGUAUAUAUAUAAUAUAUUUAUUCUAGCCUUAACUUUAUGUUUUAAAGUGUCCAAUCACGUCAAUCAAAGAGGAAAAACACGAGCCAUAUGAUCAAACUUAACUUGUCAUGUUUUCAUUUGUGUGGCUAUACUUUUUAAUGGCGAUUUUAUGGGGUAAAAUUAGUCUGUUAAGAGCAAUUUGGUUCACUAAAAAUUUGAUGUAUCCCAAAAUUACUCUAAAAAUGAACUUAUCGAAAUUCUAUAUCAGUAUUUUCAAGUUACUGUAUAGACUGUGACUUCACUAUAAUGUUAAAAGUAUCCAAUAAGAUUCAGUUUAUUCGUACUAAUACGAAAAUAUGGAUGGCUAUGUGCACUAGUGAAUGACAAAAGAGUACUAAACAUUGAAGGUAAAUAAAAUUUAAUGCAAUUUACGUACAUGCAUGUUAUAAACGAGAUAAACAUGUAAAGCGUGAUGAAUAAAUUGACAACAAUAGAUCGUCUACGACUCA